GCACCCACUCUCAAAUUUUUUCAAUUUUCAUGCAAAAAAUUAACUAAUUUGAUUAAUUACUGGUAAAUAUGAAUGAAUGCACAAAUUGGAUGACGACUGUAUGAUAAUAUGGAUUAACUCAUUUUCUAUGAACGUAUAUCUUACAUUGGAUUAACAAAAUUCUGGUAAUUGUAUGGUUUUAUAUUUUUACUUUUCCUAUUUGAACUUGUGGGGAAUGUGUUUGAAAUUAUAAAACUGUUAAAUCAUAAUACAAAAAAUCGGGCAAUUUAUUCUAAUUCGACACUAAAAUCUCUAUACAAAAAUUCUGUUUGGCAUUAGAAUUUAUUUGGCAAAAAAAGUUACAUGCGGGCGCUGUUUUGUCAUUUGCCACUGUAUCUGUAUGCAUUAUAAUUCAAGUUCUUGAGGAGAUAUGCCUUCUGCAAAUCAAUAUCCUCGUUCGUCGAAUGACCUUUCCCUUGGAUCUUCACUGGAGACAAUAUCUGAAGUGGACCAUGGGCAAUUUGAUCAACGAAUGUCUACGUCAGGAAUAUUAGAUUUUGAAGACACAGAUACAAUGACGAAAAGUUCAAUAAUUUCUUCAGGAGGUUUAUCAACGACGAAGAAAAAGAGAAGAAGAAAUGUUGUAACAGCGUGUACUUCAGCCACAAGAUAUGAUCUUGUUCGAAGAAGCAUGGAAGAACUUGGUAUGGUUUCACUGCGUGAUGAAGAUACUGCAUCUCAUGCAUAUCUUGUUUGGUGUGAUUCUGCUGUACAGGCUGAUCGUAUUCAAGAAUUAAAGAGUUAUCAACAUAUAAAUCAUUUCCCUGGAAUGGCUGAAAUAUGUCGCAAGGACUACCUGGCACGAAAUAUGGCCAAAAUGAGUCGAGCCAGACCAGACGAAUACCAUUUUAUACCUCGUACUUGGAUUUUGCCAUCAGAGUAUAAUUUACUCGUUUUACAUUGGAGAGAUUUGAGAAAACGGAAUAGAAAACCACCGACUUUCAUCAUGAAACCAGCCAAUGGUGCUAUGGGAAAUGGAAUUCAUCUUUUUCGGAACCCAGAGCGACUUGUUCCGCAUGAACACAUGAUUGUACAGGAAUACCUUGAUCGCCCCUUCUUACUUGAUGAUUACAAGAUCGAUCUUCGAUUGUAUGUUCUAGUAACUCACUGUGAUCCACUUCGAGCAUUUUUGUAUCGAGACGGCCUUGUGAGACUUGGAACUGAAAAAUAUGCAAGUCCUUCAGAGAGCAAUGUGGAUUCUCUGUUUAUGCAUCUCACAAAUUAUUCUGUGAAUAAAUAUAAUGAAAAAUUCGAACGACAUGCUGAUUAUGAUCGUGGAAGUAAAAGAAGUGUAAAAUCCUUCAUGAAUUAUCUUCGUACUGCUGGUUAUGAUACAACAACAUUAUGGAGGAAUAUUAUUGAUCUUCUGGUGAAAACACUAAUUGUUGUGAGUCCUCAUAUUCUUCAUUCAUAUCGUAUGAGUAGACCUGGUACUCCACCACAUGCAGACAGCGUUUGCUUCGAAGUUCUCGGAUUUGAUAUAUUUUUGGACAGAAAAUUGAAGCCAUGGCUUUUGGAAGUUAACAGAUCACCGAGUUUUGGAACAGAUGAACGAGUUGAUUAUGAUAUCAAAAGUGGAGUCGUGAAAGAUGCUUUGAGGCUACUAAAUAUUCGCUCCAGUGAUAAGUCCCGUAACCUGGCUCAACAAAAGUUAGAAGCUCAAAAGAGGUUACUGAGACCAUCACAUAAACGUCUUGUAACAUCUAGCAGUUUGUCAACAGCUGCUAAAAGAAAAUUGGUUUUGAAUAGAAGAAAAGAGGAAUUGAAAGAACGACUGAUUUGGGCAAGAAAAGAUUCAGCAAGAGAAGAAUAUGAAAAUAAAAAUAUGAAUAAUUAUAUGAGAAUCUUUCCAUCUCCAGAAAAACAGCAACAAGAUAGAUAUCUCGGAUUACUUCAAGAAUCAUUUAGUCUUUUCCUACAAUCUCGCUCAGCUCCCUUCCAGAAGAAUAUCAUUGACCAGUAUAAACAACAGAAAGAAGAUGAAAUACUUGACCUACUUGAACAAUGUGAGAGCGAAGAAGUUGGAGAAAAUCCCAGGUCACGACAACAACCUCAAUUGUUAUCAAGCAUGCCAGUUUUAUCACCUCCUUCAUCGAAAUCUUCUAGAAGAAGAAAUAGAUCUUCAUCUUCCACCAGUGAUUCUUCUGAUUCAAGUUCUUCGGAAGAUGAACAAAAGAAGUAUGGGAAUCUGGAAAGUAAAAGCAAGCGACACACAAUAUCCAAAUUAUCACCUGAAGCUGAAAGAGCAACUCAUCUGGUUCGCCAUGGCAGUGCACAGACUCGCAGUAUUUAUUCACCAGUUCGAGCAAAGUCUGCAGGAUCUAAUCGAACAAAAAGUGCCUCACCGGUACAGAGUAGACCCUUAACCAGCAACAGCAGUAAUAGAGAUUACGGGAAGAAACCAACCAGACCCAAUGAUCCGAGGCCAAAUGUCGGUAUUGUUUCCCAGCAAAUGGCGCCCAAUGGAAUGACAGCUGACAUAGGACAUGCUGCUAUCGUUCAAGCUUACAUUAAUUCAUACAGUGAAGUGGGAAGAAAAUCGAAACACUAUCCAAUAAAUCGUGGAAGAACGAAUAAACAAAAGACAUUGGAUUUGGAUGAGUUAACAGCAAGUGCAGCCCAUGAAAGAGAGGAAGAAUUAUUUGCCAGAACAUUGACUGCAUUGAAAAACACAAGAAUAAAGUUUCCUGGUAAAUCUGAUUCUGGAGCUGAAAGAAUUUUGGAUGAUAUCAUGGAUAACUGGAAAUCUCAUAAAUCAAGAGUUGCUUCUUACUGGCUGAUAAAACUUGAUACUGCUAAGCGAAAGAAGGUAAUUGAUAUAGUUCGUGGAAAUGUACGAGCUGUUGUGCAAAGGACUUGGAUUGUUGUUAAUGUGGAUUCAUUGAAAAUAAUGAGAACUUUUAAUAGAGUAUUCAACAGAAUGCAUGCUAAUCAUGGACAAGGGUUGUGGAGUUGUUUUUCAACCUCAAGUAAUUCAUGGGAAACAAUGUUCAGUAAAAGCAGUGACACAUUGUCAGAAUGCGAGAUGGAAUGUUGUAGAAGAAUUGUGCAAUUAUGUAAAGAUUGCUUGCUAAUUGUUUAUCAAUUUGCAAGUGAUGCACAGACUUCUUCUGCAAAUUAUGUACCACCAAGUACACAAACAAUACAAACCAAGGUGCUCCCAGGAUCUUCAUAUUCACAGAGUCCACGUUCUGCAACACUUGCUAUGUCGAACCAUGCAAUCACAAGAGGAAUUUACAUGAAGCCUGACAAACCAUCAUUUUCAAGAACUGAUUUGAAUUCCCAUAAAAGUGACCAUGUAGUACAUGUGGUGUCCAAUCGUCCAGAUCGAUCUCCUCUUUCUUUGAUUGGUACAGCAGAAAAGCAAGCAUCUGGUGAUAGGACAACUAGUAGAAUAUCUCUGUUGGAUGACAAGUACAAGAAUAGACUGACCGAGGACAGAAACAUGGCACCUCUAUCCUUGGACGACCUUCCCAAGAGAUUUACCAGAUCUUUGCAAAUGCCAUCCAUGAAUUCAACGUAUGGAUCAUCAGCUAGAUUGACAUCCAAUGCUCCAAUUUAUUCCCGUCAACAAAAUCCAAAUAAUGAAAUGGAUAGAAGUAAUAUACUCUCAUCCUUGCAAAGAUCAAAGACUGAUGUUGGAAUAAAAACUCGCUGAGCAACAUCAUUUAGUUUUUUUUAUUUGCACUUAAGUUAAAUAAUUCUCUUCAAGACAUAAAUUAAGUGCAACAGAUAGAAUGAAUUUUUGUUUCACUGUCAGACAAGACUAUGCUCGUUAUAGUCAGUGCUAUUAAAACGUCUUCAUUAAAAAUCUAUACCAUGUUAUUAGACUGAUCGUUUGUAAUAGUUAUUUCACCCGCACUUCUUAUAUAAUCAUUCAAUUUACUUUAUAGUAUGGUGAUAAUCAGAUUCUAGCAGUUCAUACGGUACAAAUUGGGUAUUUUGUCAUUUAGUAUAUUGUCAAUAUUUGUAACAAAAUGAAAAUGCUGUAAAAUGUGGUACAGUUUCGAUUUUACACAGAAUAAAUAAUUUUUGCUGAUGAUACUGAUGGAAACAAUUCAUUAUCUUAAAAUCCAAGUUCUUGAAUUUAUUUUGUGCAAUUUUUUUUACCCAUGAAUAUCUUGACUUGAUAUCAUGUACACCAAGUUAUGAUAUUCAGAAACUUUCACUAUUUUAGAAUGGCUUUUAUUUCAUACAGGUUCUAUCAGCAUUUUUCUCAGUUCCAUGAUUGCUAUUGAAGUGUGUCUAGCUUUGUUGUAUACACUUAAAAUGCAUAUUUCUAGCUUUUUGUCAAAUAUGUUGUUAUGUGAGUAUACAUCCCUAGAACAUGUGUUGUUUUGCUAUAAAAAUACAUUUAACAUAGUACAUCUAACACGGUUCCUAUGUAUGAAGCAAGUCCAUUGGUAUGUUUAUAUGUAUAUGUCUAUAUUUGCCUUCUUUUGCGGUAUACAUGGUUCUUUCUGUACUGGUGUAUAUUACUAUACUGUAUGAUGUAUGCAACAUCUGUGCCACAGUCUAGUUUCAUUAUUAUUAUCUCUUAUUUUAAUGUGCCUUCACCUGCAAAAAGCAGUAUUAGCUAAUUUACAAGAUGAAUUGUACUUAUUUUACUAAAUAGUUAGGAUUUCAUUGUAUUUUUGUAUCACACUGUGCACUUCAAUAUCCUAAGAAUAAUUUGUAAUACAAGUAGUGUCAAAUACAACUGUG